CAGAAACAUUCACUCAGUGAGGAUGAAAGCUCUCACAUUUCUGCUUUUAGGCUAUGUUCUACAUUCAUUUGCUGAAGUACUUCAAACCUUUAACAGAUGUAAUAAGUUCUUCUUUGACAGGAAAGUGCCAUCAGGUUUUCCUUCUACCUUUCACAAAAUAUGCCAGAAGUACGGCAACAAGUACCAUUUUGCUACAUUAUAUGACACUGGCAAUCGGAUUCCAGUCUAUUCAGCCUACAUUUAUAAAAAAAGAGCUGCUGGUGGAAGGCAUGCUGAUUGGAAAAUUGAACCACAGCUUUCGAAACAAAACUGGCCACCUAAUAUGAUGACGAUGAAGGACCUUAUAAAAAAUGUCAAAACAUAUCCCCCCAAACAAAUAAGGACUAAUAUAAAAUUAACCCAAGCAGUAAAUAAUGACUAUAGAGGAAACUAUGACAAAGGCCAUCUUAAUCCAGUCUGCCAUCAAUGUUCACAAGCAGCCAAAAAUGCAACGUUUACCUUUACAAAUGCUGCUCCAAUGAGAUGCACCCUAAACAGAGGGGAGUGGAAAUCCAUGGAAUUCAAAUGGAAAAACUUAAAAGACUGCAAUGGCACAAAAACGUAUAUUAUCACUGGGACUUCAUCUACAUUGCAUACUGGUAAACUUAAUAACAGAGUGGCUGUGCCUCAGUAUGUGUGGUCAGCUAUGUGUUGCAGAGCAAGGAAUAGAAACGUAAUUUCUCAUGCUGCAAUAGGUGAUAAUACGAAUUGCACUGUAACUUAUUUAACAGUUGCGGAUUGUGAGGUACAAUUAAGUCACUGGUUCAACAGUAACAUUUCACUUUUCCAAGGAAAGUGUUAGAGUGCAGUAGUCUACAGAAUCAAUGUACCUUUCUUAUUUGCAGCUGGUAUGGUAUUUUUGUCAACAAAUCUGCAGCUUACCCAUGAUUGUUUUUAUGUGUGCAUAAAAUAGUUGAUUUUGGACCUGGAAGUGCUCUAGAACUCUUACUUCUAAAUCAGAAAUGUAUCACCCUAAUAUAUAACAUACAAUAAUUCCUCUGCUUGUGAAUCUUACUACCAGUUAUGCAAGGCACGAUUUCUAAAAACAGUUGAAAGAGCUAAGCUAGAGAUGUAGCCUGUGAUAUAAUCCUAAAUAAGCAAGUGUAUUAAGGCAUUUCACAGUAAAAUCCUAUCUUUGACAUGUUUAUGACAUUAUUAAUUUGACAGAAUAGUCAUCGUUGUUACUUUGUAUGGGAAACAUGUGGCCGAGACUUUGUAACAUUCACAUGUAGUUUAUUUCUAAUAAAAAUAGAAGAGAUGAAAA